UAAAUUAGUUUAUGUAGAUGCUACAACUAGUUUUAAUGCUCUCAAUACACUAUUAACACUUAUCUCUACAAGUAUACCUAUUGGUGGCUUACCUCUUGUUGCAAUACUAACUUUAGAUGAAACAAUAUCUACUCUUACAAAGACUUUUGAAGCAUUAAAACAUAUAAUGUCAUUGGGUACAUUUGGCAGAUGUAGUUCUAUUAUGUGA